GCUUCACAUCAGCUGGAAGAUCAACAGAGCAACAAUCCAAAACGAGAAUGAAUUUUAUUUCUAUUGCUGGCAUUAUCUUGACCCUGUUUGGCGUUGCUCUUGGCCUAAAGGAUCCGGUCUGUGGUCAAAAGCCUGCCGCAGACGGACAUGGUAAGUUGGUGUGCCUAGCCUACAUGCCCACCUAUACCUAUUAUCCCGACUCGAACACUUGCAAAGUGUUCAUAUAUGGUGGGUGUGGUGGCAACGAAAAUCAUUUCCCAUCCCAAAUAGCAUGCGAGUCCAAAUGCAAGAAAUAAUCUAUUCAUCAAUUUUCUGUAUAAAUAAUAAUUUAGACGAAUAAAUCGAAUGGAAUAAAUCGAUUUUUUAAUU